AUGAAGACAUCUCCGGCAUGGCUUGUCGUCGCCUUCUGCCUGAUCCUCCAGCAUCGGAUGGUGGUCGCCCAGUUCCUGAAUCCGCUGUGCGGAGUAACCUAUGAAUCUCCUACUGGGACGAGGGUCGUGAACGGAAAAGAAGCUGUGCUUAAAUCCGCGCCGUUCAUGGCCUAUUUGAUUACCAACCAGUCAACAACGCAUUGCGGAGGAUCCAUCAUAAACUCAAGAUUCAUACUCACUGCCGCCCACUGUAUUCAGCCCUAUUUGAGGGUGCGACUGGGGGAACACAAUACAAUUACGAAUCCCGACUGCCAGGGUUCGGUAUGCUCUCCCCGUUCUGAGGAGUAUGGCAUUGUGAAAGCAAUAAGCCAUCGAUUAUAUAGCCUGGACACCAUGGUCAAUGACAUAGCUCUGCUGAAACUUGACAGGAGUAUUCAAUUCAAUACUCAUAUUCAGCCCAUUUGCAUACCCAUUAGUCCCGCUGUCGCGCCCAAUGUGGAUAGAUAUCAGGCCUACGGCUGGGGAAGGGUCAAGAGACAUGAGUUCCCCCACUUGCUGCAGACCACGGAACUUAGGGUAUACGAUGCCAAUUACUGCAUCAGGAGCUUGGAUGCGUAUGUAACUGGGAACCAGUUUUGCGCCGGUCAUGAUGAUCGGGAUACUUGCGAAGGCGACUCCGGUGGACCAAUGGUGACCAAGGUCGAUCUCGACGGAGUUAAACGAGUCCUGCAAGUGGGCAUCGUGAGCGCUGGCUUAAAGAGUUGUGAAGGCUUGGGAAUUUAUACAUAUGUGCCAAAUUACUUUAAUUGGAUUCGAAGGGCAUUGCAGCUUAAUGCCAACUAAAUGCUGAAUGCU